UUGAAAUGUGGAGGAAAAUCUCCUAAGCGAGAUUGGAAAGCUAAAGCUGGUGCCUCCAAGUAACUUACUCCACCCAUGCUUGCCCAGAAGCCACGAGAUGCCAUGACCAUUGAUGAUGGUCGAGAUAGCAGAUGUAAAAGUAUUACCACAUCAAAUAUUUAUAAAUAUUCUUGAAUUUUCAACAUUGUGAAGAGCAAGUGCAAGAGGGGGCACGACUAUAUGUCGUGGUAAAUUGAUUCCGCCGAUCCUAACCCUUGUCCGAGGACAACAAGAAGAAAUGCGUAGUUCUUUGCUUUCUGCAAAAGCAGUACUCUACUCGGCUAUCAUCGGCUCUGUGGCUCCCACCUCUGCAGUGGUGGUGUGGAAGCAUAUCGGACGGAGAAAGGAGCAGCGAGGAAAAGCCGCUUUGAUGCAAGUAGCAUCUAGAGCAAAAAGUAAUUAGAAGCCUUCUUGGAACAGGACCAUGUUUCGAGAUCUUGAUGAAAAUUUUAUUGAGGUGGAGGUAGAACUAGAAGUAGAUGAAUGUGAAGAACUUCAACAUCCUCUUCGAUCAUGUUGUUGACAGUGUCCUUUUUUUACUACUUAAAUUAUCAGGUACCACGAAAUUCCCGCUGAUGACAUUCUAUGCCGAGAAUGACAAAAACAAGGACUGUGCUGCCACAAACACCCUACCUAGCAUUGAGGAGUGCGACGACGCAAUUCAGAAACUGGGAAUGGAAAGGAAAGUACUUGUUUAUGAUACUUGGAUGAACAGUACUAAGGAAUAAAGUCCUUUUUUUUGAUUCUUGGAGACAAACAAUUCUCAUGGAAUGGAAUGGCAAUGAAAGGAAAGUGCAUGACAAUGAUGAUAUCCUCCACGUAAUCAAGCAAAAGGCUCUUCCCAAUCAUAAUCAGUGCUGACAGCCUCAACAGUAAGAACUACACCUCCACCUUGUGCAAUCUGCGAACUUCCCUCCCAUCUGAAUCAGUCAAGUAGAAACCACGCAAACACCUUCUACUAUCUUCCCAAUCCCAUUCUUCUCAAUAUAUUUAAAUAAAUCACCCAAUCCCAAUCUCGAUCAAUCAGUCAAUCACCACAUCCCAAUCAAUCAAUCACUCAAUCAAAACCCAGAUCGCCACAGUGAAUCUGAUCGAUAGUGCACAGAAAUUGCCAGGAUGCUACUACGACAUGGCGGUGAAAACGGCGUUUUUUAACAAGUUCACUGGCACGACCAAAACCUUGGCUGAUUUAGUUAAGGCCGCUUGAGGAUACACAUACAGAUAUUCAUUAUAGUGAGGAUACCGAUAUUGAUUAUAGCUUUACCUUUACUUGCUUCUACAACCGUACGUAUCUGUCCUCUCCAAAUGAAGUUCAGCUCUAACUUCGGCGGAGGCGACCUGUACAGGAUAUGCAAACAGCAAUAGAUGCGACUUCCAAGAAGUACUAAGGAUGGUAUUACGUUUUUAUGGCCACGAGAAAGAAAAAGAAGAGAAUACUUUUAAGAAAUCUAUCAUUCUAAUAUUAUUAUUAUUAAAUAUGUUCUAACAAACCCACAGAGGACAGACACAUCAACAACAGCCAUACGCAUACGACAAUGAAACUAGACGAAAUACUUGAACAGAAAAUGAAUACCCAAGAACGACAAUCAGAAAAUCUGAGCGUGGAAAUAAGAGAAACCGUCACCAGCACUACCGGUGAAAAGUCAGAAGUCCUUUUACUUGAUGAAU